UCGGCUUACGCGUACGCCGUAUAGCUAUCACAGAUCCUACUUCUCCCUCACCAUCCCCGGAUAUGUUCUUGACGCGCUCAGAGUACGAUCGAGGUGUGAAUACCUUCUCGCCCGAGGGACGUCUCUUCCAGGUCGAGUAUGCUAUCGAAGCAAUCAAGCUCGGUUCAACAACGGUCGGCAUCAAGACGCCUGAAGGCGUGGUCCUCGGGGUCGAGAAACGCGUCCAGUCAUCGCUGAUCGAGCACGCAUCCAUUGAGAAGAUUAUGGAGAUAGACACCCAUCUAGGCGCCGCCAUGUCUGGUCUCACCGCCGACGCUCGCACCAUCAUUGACCACGCCCGCGUCACCUCCCAAAACCAUGCAUUCACCUACGACGAGAAGAUCAAGGUAGAAAGCGUGACGCAAGCCGUCUGCGACCUUGCUCUCCGCUUUGGAGAGAGUAUACACGACGAGGAUGCGAUGAUGAGUCGACCCUUUGGUGUAGCGCUUCUUAUUGCGGGAAUUGACGAAUUGGGGCCGCAACUAUACCACACGGAUCCGUCAGGGACCUUCGUUCGGUAUGAUGCCAAGGCGAUUGGGUCGGGAUCCGAGGCUGCUCAGAGCGAACUCCAAGACAAAUGGCAUAGGCAAAUGACAUUACGGGAAGCGCAAAUCUUGACCCUACGCGUGCUCAAGCAGGUCAUGGAAGAGAAAUUGGACCAUCAUAACGUGCAACUGGCGCAGGUGACACCCGACAAGGGUUUCCAGAUCUUGAACGAGCAGCAGCUGAAGGAAGUCAUCGAUGUGAUGUGAUGACUCUGUGUAGUAUAAUAUCGCAUUGCAUGGAACACGAUCAUGGUCUCUAGACUUUCCAUGUUCCAGCCAUUCUC